AUGGCUACCGUGCCAAAGCCGGGCCCGGCAAACCUCCGGCCAGGCGCCGGACUGGACGAAUGGCUCGAGGAGGCCAAGCAAUGCCACUACCUGCCGGAGCCGGUCAUGAAGCAGCUGUGCGAAAUGGUCAAGGAAGUGCUGAUGGAGGAGUCCAACAUCCAGCCCGUCGUCACGCCCGUCACAAUAUGCGGCGACAUCCACGGCCAAUUUUACGAUCUGCUCGAGAUGUUCCGCGUGGCGGGCGGUAUGCCUGGCGAAUCGAAUGUCCAGGCACCCAUGACCAGCACGACCGUCAUCACCUCCGACGACAUCGAGCCGCCGUCAGAGAUCACAAAUCCAAAGCUCAAAAGCAAAGUUAAGAAUGCCGAGUCACCGGGGGAGGGCGAUGCUGGCGGUGACGAUAACGACGAUGAUGCCGCGACAGAAGCACAACAGCAGGAGGCAAAUACAAGUACGCACUCACCGCCGCCCGCCGACUCGGGCGUGCAAUCAGCGGACACCCGCUUCGUCUUCCUCGGUGACUUCGUCGACCGGGGAUACUUCAGCUUAGAGACGUUCACUCUCCUCAUGUGUCUCAAAGCAAAAUACCCAGACAGGAUAGUCCUCGUCCGCGGCAACCACGAAUCCCGCCAGAUAACACGGGUGUAUGGAUUUUACGAAGAGUGCCAGCAGAAGUACGGCAACGCCUCGGUCUGGAAGGCCUGCUGCCAGGUGUUUGACUUCCUGGUUCUGGCCGCCAUCGUCGACGGGACCGUGCUGUGCGUGCACGGCGGCCUGAGCCCGGAGAUCCGCACCAUCGACCAGAUCCGGGUCGUGGCGCGGGCCCAGGAGAUUCCCCACGAGGGCGCCUUCUGCGACCUGGUUUGGAGCGACCCGGAGGACAUCGAUACGUGGGCCGUCAGCCCGCGCGGCGCCGGCUGGCUGUUCGGCCACAAGGUCGCCACCGAGUUCAACCACGUCAACGGUCUCAAGACAAUCGCGCGCGCCCAUCAGCUGGUCAACGAGGGGUACAAGUUCCACUUCCCCGAAAAGUCAGUCGUCACCGUCUGGUCAGCCCCCAACUACUGCUAUCGCUGCGGCAACGUCGCCUCCAUCAUGACGGUCGACAGCUGCCUCAACACAAAGUUCUCCAUCUUCUCGGCCGUGCCCGACGACCAGCGCCACAUCCCCGGCGGCCGCCGCGGCGCCGGCGACUAUUUUCUCUAG